GAGUAGAUCUUAUGAGUGCGUUCAAAAAUAGUGUUGGUGACUUGCAAAUCUGAUUUUAUAAAAUAUUGUAAAAUUGCUGUGAGAAAGACUAUUUAAAAGCAUUUUCAUCCUUGUAUAAGAAAUUCAUAGAAUGUCAGAAAUCCCAGAUGAAGCUUCAGUAGAGAGAGUGCAGGAAGAGAAUGUGGAUUCAAUGAAGUCGGUUAAAGAUUCAGUAAGCUCCUUUGAGGAUUUAGAUGUUGAUGACUUAUACGCAAAAUACAAGAAAUUACAAAAACAACUCGAGUUCCUUGAAGUUCAAGAAGAAUACAUAAAAGACGAGCAACGUAAUUUAAAGAAAGAGUAUCUUCAUGCUCAAGAGGAAGUUAAACGUAUUCAGUCUGUUCCACUUGUCAUUGGGCAAUUCUUAGAAGCUGUUGACCAAAAUACUGGAAUCGUUGGAUCGACCACUGGAUCUAAUUAUUAUGUCCGUAUUCUCUCAACAAUUGAUCGUGAAUUACUGAAGCCUUCGGCAAGCGUUGCAUUACAUAAACAUAGUAAUGCUCUUGUUGAUGUGUUGCCACCAGAAGCCGACAGCUCGAUUUCAAUGUUACAACCUGAUGAGAAACCUGACGUCCAGUACGCAGAUAUCGGAGGAAUGGACAUGCAGAAGCAAGAAAUUCGCGAAGCUGUAGAGUUGCCUUUGACUCACUUUGAGCUCUAUAAGCAAAUUGGUAUCGAUCCACCUCGGGGUGUGUUGAUGUAUGGACCACCUGGCUGCGGUAAAACAAUGUUAGCAAAAGCUGUUGCACAUCAUACAACUGCUUCAUUCAUUCGCGUUGUUGGAUCUGAGUUUGUACAGAAAUAUCUUGGUGAAGGUCCUCGAAUGGUUCGCGACGUUUUCCGUUUGGCAAAAGAAAAUUCUCCAGCAAUUAUUUUCAUUGAUGAAAUCGAUGCAAUUGCAACGAAACGUUUUGAUGCUCAGACUGGUGCUGAUCGUGAAGUUCAGCGUAUUCUUCUUGAAUUGUUGAAUCAAAUGGACGGAUUUGAUCAAACGACGAACGUCAAAGUUAUUAUGGCGACCAAUCGUGCUGACACUUUGGAUCCAGCUCUUUUACGUCCUGGUCGGUUAGAUCGUAAGAUUGAAUUUCCACUUCCAGAUCGACGUCAAAAACGUUUAGUAUUCACAACAAUUACAUCAAAAAUGAAUUUAUCAGAAGACGUUGAUUUGGAAGAUUACGUCGCAAGACCUGACAAAAUUUCUGGUGCUGAUAUCAACGCCAUUUGUCAGGAAGCUGGCAUGCAUGCUGUCAGAGAGAAUCGCUACAUAGUUUUGGCAAAAGAUUUCGAAAAGGGCUACAAAAACAACAUCAAGAAAGAUGAACAAGAACAUGAGUUCUACAAAUAAAUUUAAUCGUCAUUAUAAUAAUUAAUUAUCAGUUUUCGAAAUAAAAUUUAAUUCAAGAUUUUCAAGUAAA